GGGCAGUGCUCAGGCGCCGCGUAGGGCCGCCGUGGCGGUGUCAUUGCGAGGGGACGAUGUCUCACUGCAGCGCCGCGGCCGCCCGCCUCCUGGGCCGCUUCCUCCGCCUGCACCAGAAUGGAGUACGACACUGCUCUUACUCAGCAUCAAGGAAAAAUCUGUAUAUUAACAAAGGCACAAAGGUUAUCUGUCAGGGUUUUACAGGCAAGCAGGGCACCUUUCACAGCCAACAGGCAUUGGAGUACGGCACCAAUCUAGUUGGAGGAGUUUCUCCAGGGAAAGGUGGAAAAACACAUCUGGGUCUGCCUGUGUUUAAUUCUGUGAAGGAGGCCAGAGAACAGACUGGUGCUUCUGCCACGGUUAUAUAUGUACCUCCUCCAUUUGCUGCUGCUGCAAUCAAUGAAGCAAUCGAUGCAGAAAUGCCCCUGGUUGUUUGCAUUACUGAAGGGAUUCCCCAGCAGGACAUGGUUCGGGUUAAGCACAGACUGCUUCGCCAGAAUAAGACUCGACUUGUGGGCCCAAACUGCCCUGGGGUCAUCAAUCCAGGAGAGUGUAAAAUCGGUAUCAUGCCUGGUCACAUUCACAAAAAAGGAAGAAUUGGCAUUGUGUCAAGAUCUGGAACCCUGACCUAUGAAGCUGUUCAUCAGACAACGCAAGUUGGAUUGGGGCAGUCGUUCUGUGUUGGGAUUGGAGGUGAUCCUUUCAAUGGAACUAAUUUUAUUGACUGUCUUGAUGUCUUCCUGAAGGAUCCUCAUACUGAGGGGAUCAUAUUGAUUGGGGAAAUUGGAGGAAAUGCUGAGGAAGAUGCAGCAGCUUUCUUAAAGGAAAAUAAUUCUGGUUCAAAUGCCAAGCCAGUAGUGUCAUUCAUUGCUGGUCUCACUGCUCCUCCAGGCAGACGGAUGGGUCAUGCUGGAGCAAUCAUUGCUGGUGGGAAGGGUGGAGCCAAAGAGAAGAUAGCUGCUCUUCAGAGCGCUGGUGUUGUUGUCAGCAUGUCCCCUGCUCAGUUAGGCAGCACCAUCUACAAGGAGUUUGAGAAAAGGAAAUUGCUGUAAGAGAAGAUACUUUGGAAUACUGUCUCCAAAUCAUCAGUGCAGCACCUGACCUCUGCUUAUCUUCUGUUUGCUAAUCUUCAGUUGCCCAAAUGACUGACACUGGUCAUGGAAUUUGACUUGGAAGCCAUAAACCUUUAGGCUAAACCUGUUUUGAUGUCUCCUCGUUUCAGACGUGAUCACUGCACUGUAAAUCACAGCAAAUUAAUAAAUCUACUACUAAACCUGAUUCAUCUUCUUGAAUUCCUGAAGCAGAACCGUUUCUUCAGCCAUCAUAAAGAAACUAAUCAGCCUUGAAUCUUUUGUAACUUAAGCACUGCCCAGUUUAAGGUAAAGUCGCUUAUAGAGAUGCUUUUAAAGGUCAAGGCACUGACUUUUUAUGCACACAAGACAGUUUGCUUUAUUUUUAAAGAUCUUUCUUGUUUGUUGCUGACAAGUAUGUUUGAACAAUAGGCCAAAGUUUCCGUCCACUAAACCAGAGCUGCUGGAUCUGAAGGGGGGUUGCUUGUUGAUCCAUGUAGCUGGGUGUGACUCCAGUCCAGACUUUCUUUUCAAGGCUGAGCCGUGCACAGUGUAGUCCUCUGCUGACACAUAACUGUUGUAUGGAGAGGUGGAAUUUUUAUGCAGAAAAAUGAGUGUAACUUCCAAUGCGAAUAUGUAUAUUCACAGUUGUAACUAUGAAAAUGGUUUGUUCUUUGGCUUACGUUACCUUGCUUUCCUCUUUAACCUGAGCUAGGAUUGCAUUGUUUGCGUGUUCUGAAAUCCCAAUAAUGCUGGGACAUAAUGGACAAGAUUGAGUGAUCUCUGAAAAAGAAUGCAGUAAGUUAUCUUACUUGUUAACCACUCCAAGCACUGUAAUGGAAAGCCUUUUUUUACUUUGGAAAUAGCCCGAACACAGUGCCUAUAAAUUAGUGUUGUAAGCUUUAUCAGAGUGGGCUAAACCCAAGAUUGCUUUCUUUAUAUAAAAAUCCCUGUAACCUGGCACUUGUCUAAAGCUAACCUUGUUCCAUAAAGGUGCUGUUACAAAA